AUGGACAUGAGGUGGGCGCCGGCGCCGGCGCGGCCCAGGGCGCCAAGGCGGCCGGCCGACCAGCCGUCCUUCUCCUCCACGCUGCUCGACGCGAUAUGCGACUCCAUGGACGGCCCCGAGGCGAGAAGCGCCACGGCGGCAGCGAGGGCGCCGGCUGCGGCCAGGAAGCAGCAGGAGGCCGCCCUGCAUUACUACUACUAUAAGCCCGCCUUGGCCGCCAGCCACCGGGCGCGCGGCGAGGCGCCGACGCAGGGCGCCGCGGCCGCGGACUUCUCCGGCCGAGGGUACUUUUCCUCGUCCGAGGUGGAGUGCUCCCUCGGCCGCCUCAACCGCAUCCGCACGUCCGGCGCCGCGGCACCGAGGCAGAAGCAGCAGCAGCAGCAGCAGCAGCCCGCACCGGAGAAGACGGCGAGGACAAAGAAGCCGGCGGCCGCCACCAGGCCGGCGUCCCCCGGCGCGCGGCUCGCCAGCCUGCUCAACUCCAUCUUUGCCGGGAAGCGUCAUUCGGCUCAGCGGACGGCCCCGACGGAUCAGGAGCCCGCGUGCUCCACAGCGCCGUCGUACGCGCGGUCCUGCCUGUCUAAGACGCCGCCGCCGUCCGGGGCGCGGGCGAGCCGGAGCCGGAGUACUCGGACCGUGAGGUUCCUGGACAUUGACGGUGAACUGGCCGUGGCCGCCGCGGCAGUGGGACGCUGCCGCCGAAUUCCGGUGGUAGAGGUGGAGGAGGAGCUGCUCCGGCCGGCGGACGUGGAGGCGCACAUCGACGGCGGCGAGAAGAGCAGCGACGCGAGCUCCGACCUGUUCGAGCUCGAGAAUCUCGCGGCCACGGCUUCGGAGAGCGGCCGGUGGGAUCGCGACGGAUCGUACGGUAAUGAGCUGCCGGUAUACGGGACCACCGGAGCUGGCCUCCACCGUGGCAUUGCCCAUCCCCGCCCGUACGAGUAUGGACCGUAUGGUCUUGGUCGAAGUUGUAGAAAGGUUGUUUGAUUUCGAAUAAGUAGAGGGUGCUCACUGUUAAAUAGUCUAUAAUUGCUUCUUAAUAUAGUUUUUGCUCCUAAUUUCCAGGAUUGUAUUGUGGCUGAUUUGUAGCUAAUUAGUCACUACACUUUGCACAUGUGUAACUCCAUGUAGCAUAUAAUUGUUCCUUACUAGCUUUGAUGUUCGAGAUUGUUUAGCUCAUCCUCUUUACGAAGAAACAGAAUGUGGAAUAAAAAAAUAUUGUGGAGUA